CCCAGGGACGCCCACCUAAUCUGAUGUAGGGCUAGGGCGGUCGCUCGAGAUUAUAAGAGGGUCCGAGAGUCGGAACUGAUAAGUUAUCGUAUCCUGCUUCUCACCAUUCUCUCAAGUUUCCAAUUGACUCAAUUGCUGAUUAAACAUGGCCUCCUACGAAUCGUCAUCCUGCUGCACUAAGGGAUACAAGCACAGUGGUACCCCCACUGGUGAAAUUGUCACCUUCGAAGACGUUGAUAUUUACGUCGCUAAGCCCACCACCGAGGCACCCACCAGAGCCGUGAUCUAUCUUGCCGAUAUCUUUGGCAUGCCGUUCUUGAACCACAAGAUCAUCUCGGACAACUUUGCCAAGCAGGGAUAUCUUGCGAUCUUGCCCAACCUCUUUGGCGAUGACCCGGCUCCGUUCCCCAUGCCUGCGGAGUUUGACUUCCCCAGCUGGAGAGCGGUCCACAACAUCGAGUACACCGAGCCGAUCAUCGAGAAGGCGUUUGAGUACACAAAGAAGGAAUUCCCUUCUGUGACCCAGUUCUUCUCUGUUGGCUACUGUUUUGGAGGAAAGUACGUUGUUCGUCUGCUCGACGAGGGAAAGCUUGAUGGCGGUUUCAUUGCCCACCCGUCGUUUGUUACCGAGCCUGAGCUCCGUGCUAUUAAGGGUCCUCUUUCCAUCGCGGCUGCCGAGACCGACCACCUCAUGCCUGAGGAGCAGCGCCAUCUGACUGAGAAGGUGCUGAAGGAGAUUGGCGCGACUUACCUUCUGACUCUGUACUCGUCUGUCGAGCACGGAUUCGCUGUUCGCGGCGACCCCAGCGACCCGGUUACUAUGUGGGCACACGAGGCUGCGUUCUACCAGGCUGUCCAGUGGUUCAACCGCUUCUCGAAAUAAGUCUGAACAUUACAGUCGAUCAGCGAUUAAGUCUGAUGGAGAUGUUCUUUCUUGGAUUGAGGCUACUUGGGAUCGGAUACAUGUGAUUGCAAGAUCUCAGUUAGACUACUUAGAAUAAUAAACUGUUGGAACCAUCCGCCUAAUAAUUAUUUAUACAGAGCAAAAUUUAGAAACCCCAUUUGUUUUCAGGACAAUCAGUUACACCAACUGACCUGCUCUAUAGACACUAGAAACCAACAGACACAUCCAUCACUCGCUUAUUUCUGCUUUCACUGUUUGUGUAUGCAGUUUGUUCAGCUCUUAGCAAGAAGCCACAUCAAUACGAACUGGCACACAAAACUGUAGGCAAAGAGGAAUUGUAUCCGACGUUGUCGCUGCCUGUUGGUGGUAGUCAUGGACGAGCCGUUCAUCGAGGAUUCGGGGAGGACGACGUACUUCAGUGAGCGCAACUGAUAAUAUGAA